AUGCAUCAUUUUGGAACCCACCCACCUGGAACACAACCCCAGACCCUCAACUUUCAACCAACCAACAGGGUAUCCGCCAAGAUGACUGAGUCAACACUAAACAUGCCAGGCACUAAGAUCCAGAAGCAACUGCAGCAGCAGCAGCAGCAAGUGGCGACUCAAAUUCAAUUGAUUAAGCUCCAGAGGAUCCAAGCUAUGAAUAUCCGGUUGAGUGACACCCUCAAGAGAGAAAGAAUCCCCGCUUCGAAAGCGUCUGAGUUGUACGUAUAUCAAAUUCGAGAGAAAGAAGGUGGGAUUUACUAACUUUUUGACAGGAUAAUCAGUUUCGUCGAAGAGACUCCCGAUUACUUAAUCCCCUACAAUUGGAAAUUGCCAGCUGAUCAGAACAAGUUUGCCAGGUACCAACAGUUUAAGAUUUUGAAUCAGAGAGGCAGUAGAAGUGUCGGUGGUGGUGCUGCUGGAUGUUGCACCAUCAUGUGA